CUUUUCCUGCUUUACAUGCCACAAUCAUGAAACAGGCAAUGAUGAUGAUCUGAGGAACCGUGUUUGUCUCGUGUCUCAUCUCAUCCAUGAAGAGAAGGAGAAGAAGGGAUCCAAAAUCAGAAGAAAGUUACGAUUUUUCGAGAUGGGUCUGUCCAAGGAGAAUCUGAAAGGUCUCAUACUAGCUUUGGUGUCAAGUGGGUUCAUUGGGGCAAGUUUUAUCAUUAAGAAGCAAGGCCUUAGAAGAGCUGCAGCAGUUUCUGGUGUCAGGGCUGGUGUUGGUGGUUAUUAUUAUCUCUUGGAGCCACUAUGGUGGGUGGGAAUGAUCACAAUGAUUGUAGGAGAGGUUGCAAACUUCGUUGCAUAUGCAUUUGCUCCAGCAGUCCUAGUUACUCCUCUUGGUGCAUUAAGUAUUAUUGUGAGUGCUGUUUUGGCUGACAUUAUUCUGAAAGAGAAGCUACACAAUCUUGGGAUAUUGGGCUGUAUAAUGUGCAUUGCUGGUAGUAUCAUUAUUGUUAUUCAUGCUCCUAAGGAACAACCUAUUACAUCUGUUCUGGAAAUAUGGAAUAUGGCCACUCAACCAGCUUUUCUGGCAUAUGUGGGCUCAGUAAUAGUGUUGGUUUUCAUUCUGGUCUUCCAUUUUGCACCAAGAUGUGGGCAUACGAAUGUGCUAGUUUUUACUGGAAUUUGUUCAUUGAUGGGUUCCCUCUCUGUGAUGAGUGUUAAAGCCCUUGGAACUUCUUUGAAAUUAACUUUUGAAGGGAAAAAUCAGUUAAUCUACCCAGAGACAUGGUUUUUUAUGUUAGUUGUUGCUAUAUGUGUCAUCAUGCAAAUGAAUUAUCUUAAUAAGGCUCUUGACACCUUCAACACAGCAAUUGUAUCUCCUAUAUACUAUGUCAUGUUCACAACACUUACAAUACUAGCCAGUGUAAUAAUGUUUAAGGAUUGGGAUGGACAAAGUGGUGGAACUAUUGUGUCAGAAAUAUGUGGCUUCAUCAUUGUGCUCUCUGGAACAAUAAUGUUGCAUGCGACUAAGGACUUCGAGAGAAGCUCUUCUUUUAGAGGUAGUGAUCCUUUAUCGCCUACGCUAUCUGCCCGACUUUUUACCGGAAAUGGUGACUCAUUACUUAAGCAAGAUGAGGAAAAUGGAUCUCCCGAGAGUAAUAUGCGCUCAAGAAGGCAAGAAUUGUAUUAGAUGGUUAAAGAUCUUAAUUUAUUUAAUUGUAGGGGGAAGAAGAAGCCUUUCCCUGGAGAAUCUGAAUGAGAUGCCCAUCAGAUUAUACUACACCAUGAAGCUGUAGGUACCAAUGAAACCAUAAAAUGAUGGAAGAUUUGUGAAGCCAUUCUUUUACCCUGAGCAUCUUAGGAAUUUAUCCUCAUAGAUUUUAGUUCUGACUUUGAAAGAUGGUUCUGGAACCAAUGCUUACAUAAUGUAUAGCUUGUCCACCGUUUCUUGUGUCAUGAAUGGUUUGUUCACUAGUCAAAAGUAGCUAAUAUGCUCCAAAUAGUUAUUAGAUUGAGAUGAUUAGUUGUAUUUGUGAGGCUCUCUUUACAUGAACCAAAAAAGUGAGUGGGGGAUGGAGAUUAUUAGUUUGUGAAAAUUAUAUGCAUGGUGAUUUUGCUUUCUUUUUCAAUUUUAUUUAUUUGUUUUCUUUGUCAAUUUGACUUAGCAUAGAGAGAUUCAUUUGUGGUUUGUAAGUAAUGAGAUAUGUACAGGAAGCUAAGAGACUUCCCUCAAUUUUAGUUUGCUAUGAAUAAGAAAUAUGUCCUCAUUCUUACAUUAACA